AGGCCUGUCCUGUCCGUAGGGGUUAGACUUAAACCAACAAAGUCAUUCACAGACCACCUGCUGCCUUGGGUCUUCCGUCUGGUGUAGUUUGACGAAAACAUUUGGCCUUCAAAAUGAUAUCAGGCCUGCCAUUACUGCUUCUCUUGUGUUUGAAUUACAGGACUGAAGGUUACCCAGUGGAGUAUGUAGGCACGUUGUUAGGGUCAGACGAGUAUACCCCAACGGCGGUGGAGUACUCUCGGGAUGCUUUCCAGGUCGAGUAUUCGGCAACACCAGAGGAGACGCAAGGAGCCCAGCAAAGUAGGCCUAUCGCAGCAGACACAGAUGACAAACCCGAUACGACUUGGGAAGAGCUGCAAGCCAUGAUCAGCGCGUCGGAGGGCAUUGGCGCUGGAUGGUCUGAGGUGUCUGUAGAUUCCAACUUCAAGACCGCUGCUGCGGAAGGUCCCGCUUUCAAGAGCGCCGCAGAAGGUCCCACUUUCAAGAGCGAAGGUCCAGCUUUGAUCGCCUCAGCAGGAGGGGGCACUUUCGGCUCCCUUUCAAAUCCAACGCUGCUGAAUCUGCCGAUGUUCAGCAUCGACAUGUCCCCCCUCGGCAGUGGCGUCUUCAGGCCGGAGGAAGGCACCAGGCACCUUCCUGAGGCUGUCAUUCCGAAGCUUCUGCCCCCCACCCCCACCGACCCGGCGCCGCCCCAGAACGGCAAAGUGGACGCCCUUUGCCACUUGGACCGCAUCUACAUCCGCAUCAGGAAGGAUCUUUUCAGCUACCCGGAAAAUGCAAGGCAGUACCUGAGGGUUGGGCCGUGCCCGGUCAACCAGGCCAGAGGAGACCAUUACUACUUUCUCUACUACCUGAACAACUGCAGCAGAACAUUCAUGGAUGGGAACCUCUUCUCCACAUAUUCCUCCAAGCUGACCUACAAUCCGCCCUCCUCCACUGGAGUCGUCCUACGAGACCUGCCCUUCAGCGUUGACGUAAACUGCAAAUACUAUAAGAAUUUCAAUGCGUACGCCUACGGCCCCAAUCCAGACACUCGCUCUGGCACCCUUUUCACUCGUCUGGCCCAGGCAUCCCGAAUCACGCUGACUCUACACGAUGACCAAUGGAAUCCCCUGGCGCCUGGUGAGGCCUUCAGCAUCGGCAGGCCCAUGUUCUUCCAGGUGAAGAUGCCCCCAAGGGGUCAAAGUGGUGCCAACUUCCGAUCGAAAACAACUGAGUACAGCAAUGACCGCGUCUAUGUCAACAAGUGUUACAUGACCGCCGCCAGUGACCCCAACUCGAUGCCCAGAUACACCGUGAUCAAUCAGAAUGGGUGUAUGGAGGACAGCAAGGCCAUUUCCAGCUCCAGGUUUAUUCCCUCUCCAGACCAGAGCAGGCUGAGGUUUUCCGUCGGUGCCUUCGUCUUCCGAGAUUCUGAAACUCUCCCAAGUGGGCUGAGGAGACUGUACAUGCACUGUCAGAUCGCCCUGGGACCUUCUACUCCCACCCCUAGUGCGAAGUCAUGCACCUUCAACAGUAAUACACAAAUGUGGACUGAGUUGAGUGGUGCCAACCAUGUGUGCGCUUGCUGUGCGACUUCCUCCUGUCCCUCUGACGGCUCAGGUGCAAACAAGAUGGUGACCAGCCUGCUGUGGGAUGAGGAUGGCAAGGAGGUCAUGCCGGAGAUGAUGGCCAAGGCGGCAGCCGUACCUGACAAGGCAGCCAUGCCUGACAAGAUGGCUAAGGCAGCCGACGACAUCGACGCAGAUGACUCUUAUGAUGAAUUUAUGAAAUACUGGGUCGGAAAUUGAUGAAUAUAAAAUAAAUAUAUUGCAUGGAAAAACUCAAAA